ACUUACAGAUGACAACAAAAAUAUAAACAUAUUCAAUUUGGGUAUUUUAGACUACACUAUCAUUCUAUAAAAUCUAUUUAUAAUCAGUACUUACUGAAUAGGGUUUUAUUAAGUAUUGGACCACGUCAGUGUACAGUAGUCGUCAGUGAAUAUUAAGUUAGUUAAUGUUUAGUCCAAAACCAAGCUAUAUUAACAUCGUCUCUUCAAAUUACGAGACUAAUUUACGUAAUGGAUAUUCCAUAUAGAAAGAUUUUUAUUUAUCUCUUAACAUUUGCUGCCUAUGCCUAUACUGGUAUAGGAUCAACAAUGUUACGAAAUUUGAAAGAUGCAGUCCUAUCAGCAGAAUCUGUUUUUGGCGAUGUAUUCCGAAAUGUCAUAACCGUAGCUGAAAGAUUUAGGUCGCUGCAUGAUAUUUUUGAUGCAGCAGUGGAAGAGGAUUGUAUAUUUACAUGUCCAGAAGGUCAUAAGCCAGUGCGUAACAAAAACCACAUUCCUAAGUCAGAUGGCUGUGGCUCGUUGGGCUUUGACAUAUCUUCUGAAUAUUUACCGAUCGACCAAAUGACUAAAUGCUGUGAUGCUCAUGAUAUUUGCUAUGAUACAUGUAAUAGUGGCAAAGAAAUUUGUGACCUUGAAUUUAAACGGUGCCUUUACAAUUAUUGUGAUACCUAUAAGAGUAUCAAUGUUGCAGCUGAUGCAAUUACCAAAGGUUGUAAAGGGGCAGCUAAAUUAUUAUUUACUGGUACUCUAACACUUGGAUGUAAAUCAUAUUUGGAUGCACAAAAAAAGGCUUGUUACUGUCCUCCACAAAAAAAUAAAUACAAGAAAUAUACAACCGGGGAUGGAGAAUUAUAAUAUUAUGAAGAUUAUGUCAUAAGUGUGGUUCCUUGUUUUUAUUUAUUUUAUGUUAUAGUGCA